GAGCGGCGCUCGGGCCCGGCUGCGAGCCCUGCCCGGCCGUGCCCGGUCCUACCGGGGCCCUUGGGGCGACCCCCGGCCGCCGCGGGGGCGGAGCGCUGCGGGGAACCAUGUCUGCGCCCGCCGGGCUGCCGCCGCGGCCGUCCGCCGCUAUGUACCCGGGCGGGCCCGCAGCUUCCCGGGAGGCCGCGGCGACCGAGGGCGGCGCUCCUCGCUGCCACAACGGUCCUGUGCAGAGUCCGAUGCAGUUCCCUUCUGGCUAUGGCUCGCAUCCUCCAAACUACAGUGCGCCCUCAGGACACUAUUCCCAAGUGCCCAAUAAAGCUGUUUCUCCACACAUGGAUAAUCAGUAUAGAGCUAGUUACCACUCCACCUACUAUUCAGCACCAGCACAAAAUGUCAUGGCCCCUUCUGUGGGUACCAACGUGUUGAAUACCCGGGAAUCGCAGCAGUUCUACAACAAACCUCCCCAUGCAGCGGGGCCAGCUGAAGGACCUGUUCAAGGAGCAAUACCACCUGCAUCCUACUUGCAUACGAGUGCUCAGCAGUCAUAUUCAGCGUUUGGUAAUCAUUACAACACUUCUGUCAGCUCUUCAGUGGCGUCUCAGGGAUUUCCCCUUAGUUCUGAUCGUUACGCUAUGCCCGUGGUUUCUAGUGCCAUGUAUCCUAACGUUUCCUAUCCUCCUGCAGCUACUGGCAGCAUGUAUGGGCAGGCAUUUACUUCUCAGAGCCUACCUGCUGCCGGACAGUUCAAAGAGACAAAUAUGUUUUCUAGCCCGAGUACAUCAGUACCUCAUUCACUUCAACAGCAUGUUCCUGUGGGAUAUAAUUCAACGUUAUCAACCGUUUCAUCUGCUCAGCCCAUUCAGGACAACCUCAGCAGGAAUCUCACUGGAUCAGUUGCUCAAGUAAACAACCAAAUAAAUACAGGUGGCGCUGAUUCUUUACAGCCUGUGCAUUCCGCAAGCCAGAGCGUUCAUUUUACCAAGCCUGGGGUUGGAACAUCUGCUUCCCCUGCUGUGAUCUCCUCAGCAAGGACAUCUGCUUCAGGACUUUCUUCACAGCCACGAUCAUCCCCCUCUGUCACACAGUCACCUGAGUCAGCUCUUCAGGAAGGCAUGCAGUAUGGUGGAUAUGUUAAUAAUCAAGCUAGCUCUGCACCAGCUCCCUUGUCAUCAAGUUCAGAUGAUGAGGAAGAGGAUGAGGAGGAUGAGGAAGCAGCAAUUGAUAGUUCUUCUACUACUAGCAGCGCCUCUCCCGUUCUGAACAAUUAUGAUGCCCUGGAAGGAGGUGGCUAUCCAGAGACACGUUCUGUGACCAGCAGCCCAGUUCCUGCUCCAUCAGCCCCCCAAACAUCAAAAACUUCCAAGCCCUUUGGUUAUGGAUAUCCAGCACUGCAGCCUGGCUACCAAAAUACAGUGCCACCUAAUCCUGUGCAGCAGCCCAGUAAUCCAGGCCACCAUCCUGGGUUUCAGCAUUAUCCACAGCAAUAUCCAGGUGUGAACCAGCUGUCCUCUUCCUUAGGAGGGUUAAGUCUACAGCAUUCUCAGCAGCCAGAAGGCUUGAGACCAGUAAACCUUACACAAGACAGGAAUAUUUUGCCUGUAUCUUCAGUUCCAGCUCCUGUGCCUAACUUGAAUUCUGAUCUUAGGAAAUUAAACUGCAGUCCAGAUUCAUUUCGAUGUACGCUGACAAAUAUUCCACAGACACAGGCUUUGUUAAACAAAGCUAAGCUUCCAUUGGGUUUGUUGCUACAUCCCUUCAGAGACUUAACGCAAUUACCAGUAAUAACAUCAAGCACAAUAGUGAGAUGCAGAUCCUGCAGGACAUAUAUCAACCCUUUUGUUUCUUUCAUUGAUCAAAGGAGGUGGAAAUGCAAUCUGUGCUACAGAGUUAAUGAUGUUCCUGAAGAAUUUAUGUAUAAUCCUCUGACACGAUCUUAUGGAGAGCCGCACAAACGUCCAGAGGUCCAAAAUUCUACAGUGGAAUUCAUUGCUUCCUCUGACUACAUGCUUCGUCCUCCUCAGCCUGCGGUAUAUUUAUUUGUUUUAGAUGUCUCUCAUAAUGCAGUGGAGGCUGGAUAUUUGACAAUACUCUGCAAUUCAUUGCUGGAAAACCUAGACAAGCUGCCUGGAGACUCAAGAACAAGAAUAGGGUUCAUAACUUUUGACAGCACUGUUCAUUUUUACAACUUGCAAGAAGGUUUAUCUCAGCCUCAGAUGCUGAUUGUUUCAGAUAUUGAUGAUAUUUUCCUUCCUACACCAGAUAGUUUACUUGUAAAUCUCCAUGAAAGCAAAGAGCUGAUAAAAGAUCUACUGACUGCGUUCCCAAAUAUGUUCACCAAUACGAGAGAAACACACAGCGCGUUGGGCCCUGCUCUUCAGGCUGCAUUUAAACUGAUGUCUCCAACAGGAGGUCGGAUAUCUGUGUUUCAAACACAGUUACCAUCCUUGGGUGCAGGGCUUCUGCAUUCCAGAGAAGAUCCCAAUCAAAGGUCAAGCACAAAGGUGGUCCAACAUCUUGGUCCAGCUACGGAUUUUUAUAAGAAGUUGGCAUUGGACUGUUCAGGCCAACAGAUUGCUGUGGAUUUAUUUCUCUUAAGUUCGCAAUAUUCUGAUCUAGCUUCCCUUGCUUGCAUGUCCAAAUACUCUGCUGGGUGCAUCUAUUAUUAUCCGUCUUUUCAUCAUAUUCAUAAUCCUGCUCAGGCUGAAAAGUUGCAAAAAGACCUUAAAAGAUACCUUACGAGGAAGAUUGGUUUUGAGGCAGUUAUGCGCAUAAGAUGCACAAAAGGUCUUUCUAUACACACUUUUCAUGGGAACUUUUUUGUACGAUCUACUGAUUUAUUAUCCCUUGCCAAUGUCAAUCCUGAUGCUGGAUUUGCAGUACAAAUGUCCAUUGAGGAAAGUCUCGCUGACACAUCCUUGGUUUGUUUUCAAACAGCUCUUUUGUAUACUUCCAGCAAAGGCGAACGUCGAAUUCGAGUGCACACACUUUGCUUGCCUGUAGUAAAUUCGUUGGCUGAUGUAUAUGCAGGAGCAGAUGUACAAGCAGUUGUAUGCCUCUUAGCAAACAUGGCGGUGGAUCGCUCAGUUUCAUCUAGUCUUUCAGAUGCAAGAGAUGCCUUAGUUAAUGCUGUGGUAGACUCUUUGUCAGCGUAUAUGUCAACUGCCUCAAAUCUGCAGCAGUCCAUGCUGAUUGCACCAAAUUCCCUCAAGUUGUUUCCAUUGUAUGUUUUGGCUCUUCUCAAACAGAAAGCCUUUAGAACAGGCACUAGUACACGCUUGGAUGAUCGUGUAUAUGCGAUGUGCCAGAUAAAGAGUCAGCCUCUCAUUCACCUGAUGAAAAUGAUACAUCCCAACUUGUACAGAAUAGACAAGCUAACUGACGAGAGUACAAUACAUGUAAAUGACAGAGUUGUUCCUCAGCCUCCUCUUCAGAAGUUAUCUGCAGAGAAGUUGACAAGAGAAGGAGCUUUUCUUAUGGAUUGUGGUUCAGCUUUCUAUAUUUGGAUUGGAAAAAACUGUGAUAACAACUUCAUAAAAGACGUCCUUGGAUACCCAAACUAUGCGUCAGUACCACAGAAAAUGACACAACUCCCUGAGGUAGUUGCACUUUCUUCAGAAAGGACGCGGUCUUUCAUAGCCUGGCUGAGGGACAAUAGACCUUUAAGCCCAGUUCUUCAAGUAAUAAAAGAUGAAAAUCCUGCCAAGACAGAGUUUUUUCAGCAUUUAAUUGAAGAUCGGACAGAAGCAGCUUUCUCUUAUUAUGAAUUCUUACUUCAUAUUCAACAGCAGAUUUGUAAAUGAGCAAGGAGUAAACUAGAAGAAAAAUCCUGACUCCAGAUAGAAGCUUUGGCUGAGAGAAGUAUAUGGAAAGUUACAAAAGUGGAUGUUUGUUCUUCACAAUAUACAGUAAACGGCACUGGUUUGGAAACUUUACAGCUAAAGGAGGAGAUGUAUACAUUUCCAGAAGAGUUUUGCAGAUUUACUUCAGUCUAAAAGUGGUAGGAAUGAUGAAGCUGUUUUCAGUAGUAAACUUUAAAUUGGUUUAUCCACAUUUCCAGUAGUGCAGCGGUAUGGUGCUCUGUUUAUUGCAAGCUGGUGAUUCUAUGUAGCUAUGUGGGAUGAUAUUUCUUAAUGAAAUGUACAAUUAGGUAAAGCCUUUUUUUCUUACGUUUAUUAUGGUAGGCCUUCAAGAUUCAAAUUCUUAACAGAGAUGUCAAAGGGCAGUGCUGUAUGUUGGCUGUUUAUAUGAAUUUCUUCUUAAAAGGAACGAUUCAUAUUUAGUAAAGACUUCAGCGAAUUCCCUUUGAAAGUUGUAGAAUUUCACUAAAGUAAAUGAAUUGUAGAAAUAAAAUAUAUAAUGUACAUAAGUAUUACAUUUGUAAAGAAAAUGUAAAAAUGUAACUAAAAAAAAAGACUUAGCUCAGUGUGCUGAAUUGUUGAGUGCUCAAUGAUGAAUUGUUUCAGUCCCAAGCUAGACAGUGAAGUUGACUAUUAAAACAUGCUUAUAAAAAAAUCCAUGUAGAAGGAACACGGCUUCUUGUUCUGUUUAAUUUUUAGGUGGAUUUAUUUAUGAUUGGCUUAAUAAUUAAAAAUAUUUUGCUUUAUCAUGUGUUUUUAUAUUUAUGCAAAUACUAUCUUUUUGCAACUGAACUAUAUAUUGAAGAGAACAUGUUUACCACUUUAUUUUGCAGACCUCUGGAAGGGAGGAAAAAACGUUGCACACUCUGAAAUGAGCUAUCGAUACAAUACAAUAGUUAAAGUUCCGAAAACCCUCCUUAUAUAUUAUCCUAAAGAAGACAUAUCUGCUAACCUUGUUUUACGUUUUGUAAACUGCUGUAGUCUUGGUCCAGGUUUUCUGUAACUUUUGUCUGCUGUUUAGAGUAAGCAUGGGUGAUCACUCAAUCUAACUUGACGAUAUGAUUUCUGCUGUGAUCUAAAGGGGGAAAAAAAGGUGAGGAGGGGUGUAAAAAUGAAUUAGCUUGCAACAAGGGAAGUAAAGGCUUUAAAAUACCAAAUUUCAAAAUGCA